ACACUUCUCAAAUAACUAUAUAUAGGUAGCUGUAGGUUUAAUUUGCAUAUAUGAAUGUUCAACUAUAUAUAGGUAGCUGUAGGUUUAAUUUGCAUAUAUGAAUAAGCUGCAUCAUCUGAUUAGAGGCAUCCCUCUAACAAUGGCUUCUCCACAUGCUGUUCAACUUGGAGAAUUCUUGUGGAUAUGUGGAGGAGAAUUCAAUUGGGGUUCAUUAUGUAUCCACAGAGCAAUAGUAGAUGCAUUGAAUCUUUUGUUAGUCUUUCUUUUCCUUCUUGUCUUACUUGUAAGUUCUGUGAGAAAAAUUAGAAUUUUUUGUGGUUAUAGGAGGGAUUGGAAAACUCUAGGAAUUUCUGUUUGUUGUGCUCUUGUAAGCAUUGUGUAUUUUGGUCUUGGUUUAUGGGAACUUACUAGUAGUAAAGAUGGUGGUGUAAGUCAUUUAAGUUGGUUACAAUACCUUGUUCGCGGAUUGAUUUGGAUUAGUUUAACUGUAUCAUUGCUUGUUCAAGGAUUCAAAUGGAUCCAAAUCUUGAUAUCAGCUUGGUGGGUCAUUUUCUUUGUGUUGAUUUCCACUCUCAAUAUUGAAGUUUCCAUAAAAACACACAGCAUCCCGGCUCUGGAAGUGGUGACGUGGCUAGUGUCUUUCUUGAUUUUCCUUUCUGCCUUAAGUACCUUUUAUCACAUCAUUUCUCAAUCCUCUUCAAAACAGAAUUUGUUAGAACCUCUACUAGUUGAUCAACCUGAUCACAACCAAAUUAGUAUAAGCCAGGCCGGUCUUUUUGGCAAGUUGUCAUUUUCUUGGAUUAAUGGUUUGCUUCGCUUAGGAAACUCGAAAACAUUAGCUCUUGAAGAUAUUCCUUGUCUAGGAUCUGAGGAUGAAGCGAUCUUAGCAUACGAGCAACUUUCCCGUGAGUGGCAAGCACUCCAAAGGGAGAAGCAUCAGAACAAUUCGGAGAACUUACUCAUUAAGGCCAUAGCAAGAGUUUACUGGAAACAAAUGGUUAUUGCUGGAGCAUUAGUACUUCUCAGGAUUGUUGCCGUUGUAAUUGCUCCUUUAAUGCUAUAUGCAUUUGUGGCUUAUUCAAGUCGCGAGAGAAGAACCUUUCUUGAAGGUGUUCUAUUAGUGGGGUGCUUGGUUGUUGACAAGCUUGUUGACUCUUUUUCUUCUCGACAUUUCCUUUUCUAUUCGAGGAGGAUUGGUAUGAGAAUGAGAUCAGCUCUAAUGGUGGCAGUUUAUAAUAAACAGCUCAAGCUCUCAAGUUUAGGAAGGCAUAGGCACUCAACUGGAGAGAUAGUGAACUACAUUGCUGUGGAUGCUUACCGAAUGGGAGAAUCUCCGAUGUGGUUUCACAGCGCAUGGGGCUUUGGCCUGCAAGUAUUUUUAGCUGUUAUUGUUCUUUUCGGGGUUGUAGGACUUGGAGCAAUUCCAGGUUUAGUACCCCUCGUUAUCUGUGGGUUGCUGAAUGUGCCAUUUGCAAAGUUACUUCAGAAAUGUCAAUCUGAAUUUAUGAUUGCUCAAGAUAAACGACUGAGAUGUAUGUCUGAGAUUCUUAAUAGUAUGAAGAUAAUCAAGUUGCAAUCCUGGGAAGAAAACUUCAAGGACUCAAUUGGCUCGCAUCGGGAGAAUGAAUUUAAGUGGUUGGCUGAAAUUCAGAUUAAGAAGGCUUAUGGCACUUUACUAUAUUGGAUGUCCCCAACUAUCGUCUCAUGUGUCAUCUUUUUGGGGCUUGUCCUUUUGGGGAGUGCCCCGUUUGAUGCUGCUACGAUUUUCACUGUGUUGGCGGCGUUGAGGUGCAUGUCAGAACCUGUUAGAAUGAUACCAGAGGCUCUUUCAGCUUUGAUUCAAGUCAAAGUUUCUUUUGAUAGGAUCAAUAGUUUCCUACUCGAAGAUGAAGUCAAACCAGAGGAUGUGGUGACAUUUUCUCCUGGGGAUUCAGAUCAUAGUGUCUGUAUAGUAGGUGGUCAUUUCACCUGGGAUCCGCAGUCACCUGAUGCAUUGCUUAAAAAUUUAAAUUUUCAAGCAAAAAGAGGACAGAAGAUUGCAGUUUGUGGGUCAGUUGGAGGUGGGAAAUCAUCUCUUCUAUAUGCCAUACUUGGAGAAAUACCAAAAACCGCAGGAACAGUACAUGUAUUUGGAUCCAUCGCUUAUGUCUCUCAAACUGCUUGGAUCCAGAGUGGAACUGUCCGUGAUAAUAUACUGUUUGGGAGGUCAAUGGACGGAAACAAGUAUCAUGAGGCGGUUAAGGUAUCUGCUCUAGACAAAGAUAUCGACAGUUUUGCCCAUGGUGACCUCACGGAGAUAGGUCAGCGAGGGCUCAAUAUGAGUGGAGGACAGAAGCAGAGGAUUCAACUUGCUCGAGCUGUGUAUAGUGAUGCUGAUAUUUAUAUUCUUGAUGAUCCUUUUAGCGCUGUAGAUGCACAUACAGCAUCAACUCUUUUUAAUGACUGUGUUAUGACUGCUCUGAAGAAUAAAACCGUCAUCCUUGUUACUCAUCAAGUGGAGUUCCUCUCUGAGGUUGACCAAAUUCUGGUAAUGGAGAGCGGACAAAUUACUCAAUCGGGAAGUUAUAAUGAGCUAUUGAUGUCUGGGAUGGCCUUUGAGCAGCUUGUGAAUGCUCACACAAAUGCUGUAGCUGGGCUUGAUCCUCUGGCCUAUAAAGAUGAAAGUGAACCUUAUAUAGGACUUGGAAAUGAACUCGAAGAGACUAAGAAGCCUUACAUUGUAAAAGAAAACAGCCAAAAAGAGGUUUCCUUAAAGCCGGGAAUACAAUUGACAGAGGAGGAAGAAAAGGAAACUGAAACUGCUAUGUGGAAGCUCUUCCUAGACUAUGUUGUAAUCUCUAAAGGAUCACUCUUCCUUUGUUACAACAUACUUACUCAGGCCGGCUUUGUUGCUUUUCAGGCCGCUGCAAGUUACUGGCUUGCAAUUGCAAUUCAAAGUCCUAAAUUUAGCCAUAUCAUGGUUAUUGGUGUCUAUACUUUAGUAUCACUAGUUAGUGCAUUGUUUGUGUAUCUCAGAUCUCUAUUUGCAGCUCUCCUCGGUUUAAAAGCUUCUAAAGCCUUUUUUUCUGGUUUCACAAAUUCCAUUUUCAAUGCUCCUAUGCUGUUCUUCGACUCUACUCCCGUUGGGCGGAUAUUGAUCCGAGCUUCGUCAGAUUUGAGCGUAUUAGAUUUUGACAUGCCAUUCUCCUAUGCAUAUGUGAUGGCUGCUGGAAUAGAAUUGCUUGCAACAAUCGGCAUUAUGGCCUCGGUGACAUGGCAGGUUCUCCUUGUGGGCAUUGUUGCUACAGUAGGCUCAAAAUAUGUCCAGGAACAUUAUCAACCUUCUGCCAAGGAGCUGAUGAGGAUCAACGGGACAACAAAGGCUCCUGUUAUGAAUUAUGCAACCGAGACAUCACUUGGAGUUGCCACAAUAAGAGCAUUUGGAGCAGUCGACAGAUUCUUCCAAAACUACCUAAAACUUGUCGAUGCAGAUGCAAAAGUCUUUUUCUGCUCCAAUGGAGCAAUGGAGUGGUUAGUUUUUAGAACUGAAGCACUUCAAAACCUCACCCUAUUCACUGCUGCUUUUCUCCUAGUUUCGAUCCCGAAGGGUUUUGUCUNAAAGGGUCUUAUCGGACUUUCUCUUUCUUAUGCGUUGGCACUUACCAAUACUCAAGUUUUCUUAAGCCGAUGGUAUAGCAGCUUAGCUAACUAUGUGAUUUCGGCUGAAAGGAUCAAACAGUUCAUGCAUAUACCUCCCGAGCCUCCAGCAAUUGUGGAAAAGAAUAGGCCACCAUCUUCUUGGCCUACCAACGGUAGAAUAGAAUUGUUGGAUCUAAAGAUUAGAUAUCGUCCAAAUGCUCCAUUAGUUCUCAAAGGGAUAACUUGCACUUUCAGCGAGGGGACCAGAGUAGGAGUAGUAGGAAGGACAGGAAGUGGCAAAACAACACUUAUAAGCGCUCUAUUUCGCCUAGUAGAGCCUUACAGUGGGAAUAUUACGAUAGACGGUAUUAACAUUUGUUCUAUAGGCCUCAAGGAUUUAAGGUCAAAACUUAGCAUCAUCCCUCAAGAACCAACACUUUUCAAGGGGAGCGUUCGAACAAAUUUGGACCCUUUAGGUCUCUAUUCUGAUGAUGAGAUAUGGAAGGCUCUAGAGAAAUGCCAGCUUAAGGCUACUAUUAGUACACUGCCAAACUUGCUAGACUCAUCUGUCAGUGAUGAAGGCGAAAACUGGAGUAUGGGGCAACGACAGCUCUUCUGUUUAGGCAGGGUCCUUUUGAGGAGGAACAGGAUUCUAGUAUUGGAUGAAGCAACUGCCUCUAUCGACUCGGCCACUGAUGCCAUUCUGCAAAGAAUUAUUAGAGAAGAAUUCUCAAACUGCACAGUAAUAACUGUUGCUCACCGAGUUCCUACUGUCAUAGACAGCAAUAUGGUCAUGGUCCUCUCUUUUGGGGAACUUGUGGAGUAUGAUCAGCCCUCAAAACUCAUGCAAACCAAUUCUUCUUUUGCUAAACUUGUGGCUGAAUAUUGGUCCAGCUGCAGAAGGAGUUCCCUUCAGAAAAUGGAUAGCUACAUUAGCUAGUGAGAAUGGGCAACCCGGUGCAUAAGGCAUCUCGCGUUCACGUAAGGUCUAGGGAAGGGCCGCACCCCAAGGGUAUGAUAUAGACAGUCUACCCUAAUGCAAACAUUAGUGACUGCUUCCACGUAGCUAGUGAGAAUGUUGUCUUCUUUUUUCCUUUUUCUUGUUUUCUUUUUGUUCUCAUCUAUAGCUAAGAUUAGGAUCUGCUUGCUGUUUGCAAUGUGCUUCUUGUUUGUGUGAAGAUUAACAUAAUAACAUUCCAAAAUUUGAAAGAGAACUUCCUAU